AUGGCGUACGUGAAAGAUGCCCCGGGGCUGCGAAGACAGCUCGAGAGUCUUCCGGCUGCAGAGCGCGAGGCCGCUGUGAAACCGUUCCUGAUGCCGCCGCGAGUCCGCAAGUCUUCUGUCCGGGGCCGCAAGGCCAGCUCGAAACCUGUCCGGCGGUUCCUGCGGUCGAAGCUCUACUAUCUCCUAUAUUUCCUCAUACACAUCGUCUUCAGCAUCUACUCGCGGAUACGCCAGAGCUACCAUGCAGUCGUGGACAGGGUGCUUGCGAUUCUGUAUUAUCACCAUCGGACGCCCGAGCUGAUCCGCAAGGAUGUCAGGGGAUUGGACAGGUUGCCGGAGCAUCUCAGCGUAGUGCUGACUCUCAGAAGAGAGGAAGAUGCCCUCGAGACGCUCAUGGACGAGGUUGCUGAGCUGACGGCCUGGAGUUCGUGUGCCGGGAUACCUGCGUUGAGCAUCUACGAGAAGACAGGGAUCCUGAAAUCACAUAUUCCAGCUCUACACCGGAUUAUCACUAGCAAACUUGACACCUACUACGGGCCUCCAUCCCAUCAACCCUCCCUAGGCGUAUUUGCGCCUCAUCAUCCACUCUAUGCUCCUAAACUCGUCCCUCAAGCAUCAAAAUCCAACGUCGAGAACAUAACUGUCCUUCUCCUUUCGAGUACAGAUGGACGGGAAACCCUUGUCGACCUCACCAAGACCCUGGCAGAAAUGGCACAGCAUGGAAAGGUCUCACCGCAGGAUAUCGGUAUCAAGCUGAUUGAUGCAGAACUUGCUGAGAUGAUGACCAUCCCUGCAUCCUCACCACAGGACCCUGGCAGCGAGACCAAUGGCACUGAUUCCCCUUCUGGCAGCCUGCCUGCCCCAUUGAUCAAGGCAGAGCCUGAUCUCAUCCUUAUCUUUGGGCCCUAUGUCAAGCUGGACGGAUACCCACCCUGGCAGAUCAGAUUAUCAGAGAUAUUCUGCACCGGAGACCACACCACUGGCAUUGCCGGUGAGGUUGAGGCUGUAGAAUAUCAAAGGUUCAUAAAGGGGCUGUGGAAGUACGCCAGAGCCGAGAUGAGGUUCGGACGAUAG